AUGAUCCUAGAUCGUUUGGAACAACAGCAAAGGACCAUCGAAGAGAUGAGGGUGACACAAGCUCACCGGAAUAGGAAAGGGGACACAGUAAUAGCUACAGCUGUAGCAGCAACAAUGGAAAACCUCAACCAGGCAACUAGAAGAAGAGAAGAGCAUGAAGAUCAUUUGAGAAUUUUCCUUAGUACCCCGAGAGAGAAGCAACUCUUUGCCAAACUUAGUGAAUAUGAGUUUUGGCUUCAGGAAGUCUGUUUUCUCAACCAUGAGAUUUCCCGAAAGGGAGUACUUGGUGACCCUAGUAAAGUUAAGGCUGUACUGAAUUGGGAGCGGCCUAAGAUCGUGACUGAGAUCAGAAGUUCCUCAGACUUGCAGGGUAUUAGAAGGUUUAUUAAGGAUUUCUCUCUGAUUGCUCUUCCGCUGACCAAGCUAACUAGGAAGAACCAGCCGUUCGUGUGGGACAGAGAGAGUGAGGCUAGUUCAGGAGCUGAAGAGGAAGCUCACGUCUACUCCCGUACUUGUAAUCCCUAA